AGUCUGUGGGCAGAAUUUCCCGGCAGCUACAGUGGACACAGGCCAGGCAGACUGGACGGAUCAGAGCCCAGGCUCUGAGGAUGGCAGGUGGAGGCCACGACCUGAGCCUCAGGAUGUCCACAGAAGAGCAGAACAUAGAUGGGAGGCUUAACUAUGAACUUAUAUUCAGUUACUUCAAAAGAUUGAAGGUGAAGAUUUCACAUGCAAUAGAAAAGACAUUUCCAUUCCUUCAGCUCCUCCGUGACCAUGAAUUCAUCACAAAUGAAAUGUUUGAAGAUUGUGAAACAUCUUGUAGAAACCUGGUCCCUAUAAAUAACGUGGUGUACAAUGUUCUCGACGAGCUGGAGAAGAAAUUUAAUCUAGAAGUUCUGAAGAUAUUGUUCAAUGAAGACAACAUAAAGGAAUAUCCUGGUUUAACUCCCAUUUAUGAAAUCUUCUUAAAUGUGCUCCCAAAGAAAUGGUAUCUACAAGAAAUUGAUGAAGAAGGGAGAGAGGAGGGGCCCAGCGGCCAACUAAGCCUUGAACAAGGAAGUGGUGAAAACUCUUUUCCAAGCCUGCCUGGACCACAGUCAGAUUCCUCCUUUUCCACUGGUACAACCCCACCUGAGAGCGGACUCUUGGAGCACCUCUGUGAAACAGAACAAGCAAACGCAAGGAGAAAUGACACAACUGGAGACAAAAAUGAUGCAGUAGGAGGCCAACAAGCAAAUCAACAAUGUGCCCCAAAGCCUGAGCCAGCAGGGUCAGAGCUAUCCAGCCAAGGACUCCAAAUGAAUUCCUGCUUUGUGCCUCUGGUGAAUAUAAUGAAGGAAAUACCACUUUUUCACUCAGAAGAUGAGCAGCAAGCCCAAGCAAGAACUAACCAUAACCAGGCAUCUUACACAAUAGGCAUCAACUGUGGAGACUCUGGAAAACCCAAUGAUGGACACGAGCCCCCAGGACCCUCCAUCUCAGCACUGGAAGGUGGGCAUGAAUCAAGUAAGAGAGAGAAGGCCCAAGAAGCCACUUGCUCACGACCCCAGACUGCACCAGAUACCAUGGAUGCUGGGAACAAUUCUGCUUUGGAAGAACACAAUGGAAAAAGAAAGAGAAAAGCUGCCAUCCCUGGACCUUUGAAAAGAAGAAGCAGCAGAAGAGGCAGAAGAAGAGUUCAGAGAUUUCCCAGAGAUACAAAUAUAGAUUUUCAACUUCCUGAACUUCCUGUGACCUGUGGAGGGAUAAAGGGGACUCUAUAUAAGGAGAUAUUGAAAAAAGGAACCUCAGAGAAGUGUAUAAAGAGAGAUAAUGGAAGGUGGUUCACUCUCAAGCGAUUUGAAAUUAAAGGAGGCUACAAAAACUCCAGCAAAUGGAAGCAAAAUAUACGCUGCGGUGGAUUUCCCCUGCAAGAUCUGAUAGAGAAAGGAUAUCUACAAAUACCACCAAAGGCAGAGAAAAAGUGAUUAUCCAGUGACUUUCUGCUGAUGCCUCAUGGGUCCUGUUGCUGGUUUUCCAUCGCUGUAGCCUUGCUGUCUCUAAAUUGACUAAUCAUGACAAAAUUUGAUUGUAUAAUAUGGUGCUUUUGCAGUUGCUGCUUUCAAACAUUAUAUAAUGUAUAAGGCUGGGACUCUGAGCAACACAACAUUUGAGAUAACGGUGUGAACAAUCCUUAAAAAUAAAUAAGACAGAUAUCGUUUGUAUAAAA